GUGACGCGUUGCUGGGCAGACAGUUGAAGCUAUCUGCCUACGGCUGGGGACGUACAAUUUUCCUUGUUUCCUUCUGGCGGCUGGAGUGAAGCGGUAAAAAAUGCAGAUCUUUGUGAAGACGUUGACAGGCAAGACCAUCACCCUGGAAGUGGAGCCAAGUGACACCAUUGAGAAUGUAAAAGCUAAGAUCCAGGACAAAGAAGGCAUUCCUCCCGAUCAGCAGAGGCUGAUCUUUGCUGGCAAGCAGCUGGAAGAUGGCCGCACCCUUUCUGACUAUAAUAUCCAGAAGGAGUCCACCCUCCAUCUUGUCCUGCGUCUGAGAGGUGGCAUGCAGAUCUUUGUCAAGACACUGACCGGCAAGACCAUCACUCUGGAGGUGGAGCCAAGUGACACCAUUGAGAAUGUGAAGGCCAAGAUCCAGGACAAAGAAGGCAUUCCUCCCGAUCAGCAGAGGCUGAUCUUUGCUGGCAAGCAGCUGGAGGAUGGUCGCACCCUUUCUGACUACAACAUCCAGAAGGAGUCCACCCUCCAUCUUGUCCUGCGUCUGAGAGGUGGCAUUUAGGUGUUUUGAACAGUUUUCAAGUUGCCAGUAAUGUAUGUUUGCACUGUAGCAGUAUAAUGGCUUAGUAUUGUAAGGUUAAUGCAAGUUUCAGUAACUGCUAGACUGUUUGUGUCAAUGCUAAUAAAGUUUUCUGUUGCACAUUA